CCGGGAGCGCCGGCCGCGGCCCUGGGACGGCCGCUCCCCUCCUUCGCAGCCCGGGCGAGGCAGGCACCGCUCGCCGGCAAGGAUGAAGCUCUGCGGGACUUUCCUCGAAAAUGAGUUUCGGGGCGAGCUGCUGAACCAGCGGUGGACCUGCGGAGAGAAGAUCAGCAGCUGCGCGGGAGCGACCAGCCUACGCGGCGGCACACGCGUCAAGAUGAGUUUAGAAAAUGAUGAUAAGAGAGCACGCACGCGAUCAAAGUCUAUCAGAGUGCCCACGGAGCUCAUCGGCCAGGAGGUGAGCUGUCCAACCCCAGGUUGUAACGGCUCCGGACACAUCCGUGGAAAGUAUGCAAGACACAGAAGUUUACAAAGCUGCCCUCUAGCAAAGAAGAGGAAACUUCAGGAUGCAGAGGCCGAACAUCUGGUGUCGAAGCGAAAAUCCCAUCCGCUCAAGCUGGCCUUGGAUGAGGGCUACAACGUUGACAGCGAUGGCAGCGAGGAGACGGAGGUGAAGGAGGAGUCCGGCUCCGACGAGUCGGAGGGGACGUUGGAGGAGGAAGAGGCAGAGACGGUGGAGCAGGAGGAGACCCGCAGCCCCAAGCCGGCAGAAGAGAGAAGCCCAGCAAAAUCGGCUCAUUAUGGACAAAACACAGGAACGAGUACAUCUGGGCCCAGCAAGGCCAACUACAGCAGCUAUCAAGAAAUAAUCGCCAACUCUCUCCUAAACCUAGGCCAAAUAGCAGAGGAAACCCUUGCGAUAGAGGGGCAGCUGCCCGAAGCGGAGCUGCAGGUCUCCAAACCACCGUCUAACGUCGUGCACCUGGUCCACGAAGACACAGGCGAGGAGUUAGCGGAGGAGGAGUGUGACAAGGAAAUCAUCAUCCAGACAGAAGAUGCGGAGGAGGUCAUCGAGGUCACCAGCGAACGCGGCAGCGAGUUGUGUCCGGAGCACCGGGACAACGCAAGCUGCGAGGAGUCCUGCAAACUGCAAAAGGCCAUGCAAGCCGAAGCAGAGGAGGAGGAGGAUGAUGAAGAGGAGGAGGAGGAAGAUGAAGAGGAGGAGGAGGAAGAGGAGGAGGAGGAGGAUGACGAGGAGGAAGAGGAGGAUGAAGAAGAGGAGAUGGCUUCUGAAGUGAUCUGUGAAGAGACUCCUCACACUUCUCAGGACACCCAGAAAAGCCACUGUGAAGGGCAGUUCAGCCCGAAGCCCGAGUACUCGGUCAUCGUGGAGGUCCGGUCGGAUGACGACAAAGACGACGACGUGCGCUCCCAGAAAUCGGCGGUGACCGACGAGUCGGAGAUGUACGACAUGAUGACGAGGGGGAACCUGGGGCUGCUGGAACAAGCCAUCGCGCUGAAGGCUGAGCAGGUGAAGAUUGUGAGGGAGCCCAGCCGGCUGCCUGGAGAGCACGUGAAGCACUUCCAGGUGGACGAGAAACAGAGCAAACCGCUGGACAGCAUCCGCAAGAGCUACUACGGCAAAGAUCCCUCAAGACCUGAGAAACGAGAAAUCAAAUGUCCGACUCCCGGUUGCGAUGGGACGGGCCACGUUACGGGACUCUACCCUCACCAUCGCAGCCUGUCCGGUUGCCCGCACAAAGACAGGAUCCCUCCGGAGAUCUUGGCCAUGCACGAGAAUGUGUUGAAGUGCCCCACGCCCGGCUGCACAGGACAGGGCCACGUGAACAGCAAUCGCAACACGCACCGCAGUUUAUCUGGGUGCCCCAUUGCUGCUGCUGAAAAAUUAGCCAAAUCGCACGAAAAGCAACAAACCCAGUCUGGUGAUCCUUCAAAGAGCAGCUCCAAUUCUGACCGGAUCCUCAGGCCUAUGUGCUUUGUGAAGCAGCUGGAGAUCCCUCAGUACGGAAGCUACCGGCCCAACAUGGUCCCAGCAACCCCCCGGGCCAACCUGGCCAAGGAGCUGGAGAAGUACUCCAAGGUCACCUUCGAUUAUGCAAGUUUUGAUGCUCAGGUUUUUGGCAAACGCAUGCUUGCCCCAAAGAUUCAGACUAGCGAAACCUCACCUAAAGCCUUUAAAUCCAAACCUUUUCCAAAGGCCUCUUCCCCCAGCCACAGCCCCUCCAGCAGUUACGUGAAGAGCACUUCAUCUUCCUCCACAGGCUUCGACUACUCCCACGAUGCCGAGGCUGCGCACAUGGCUGCCACUGCCAUCCUAAACCUCUCCACCCGCUGCUGGGAAAUGCCUGAAAAUCUCAGUACGAAGCAGCAAGAGGCUCCCAGCAAGUCCAUGGACAUUGAGGUGGAUGAAAAUGGGACUUUGGACUUGAGUAUGAACAAGCACCGCAAGCGGGAGAGCGCCUUUCCCAGCAGCAGCAGCUGCAGCAGUAGUCCCAGUAUGAAGUCCCCAGAUGUGUCCCAGCGCCAAAACAGCACCAGUGCCACGAGCAGCACCAUGACCUCCCCCCAGUCCAGCCAGACCUCCCGUCAGGACGAAUGGGAUGGACCCAUUGACUACACUAAACCAAAUCGUCAGCGGGAAGAGGAGCCAGAAGAAUCAGAGCCUGCAGCCCAUUCUUUUGCCUCCUCGGAAGCUGAUGAGCAAGAAGUGUCGGAGGAAAACUUUGAAGAACGAAAAUACCCAGGGGAAGUUACUUUAACCAACUUCAAGCUUAAAUUCCUCUCCAAGGACAUCAAGAAAGAGCUGCUCACUUGCCCUACGCCAGGCUGCGACGGCAGUGGACACAUCACGGGAAACUAUGCCUCUCACCGCAGCCUUUCUGGUUGUCCUCUUGCUGACAAGAGCCUCAGAAACCUCAUGGCUGCCCACUCUGCUGACCUCAAGUGCCCUACUCCUGGUUGUGAUGGUUCUGGUCACAUCACAGGAAAUUAUGCAUCACAUAGAAGUCUGUCAGGCUGCCCUCGUGCCAAGAAAAGUGGAAUCAAGAUAACCCCAACAAAAGAUGAUAAAGAAGACCCCGAGCUGAUGAAGUGUCCAGUUCCCGGCUGCGUUGGGCUUGGCCACAUCAGCGGCAAAUACGCCUCGCAUCGGAGCGCGUCGGGGUGCCCUCUCGCAGCCCGCAGGCAGAAAGAGGGAUCGCUCAACGGCUCCUCGUUUUCCUGGAAGUCGUUGAAGAACGAAGGCCCGACCUGCCCUACCCCGGGCUGCGACGGCUCAGGGCACGCCAACGGGAGCUUCCUCACUCACAGAAGUUUGUCAGGGUGCCCAAGAGCUACUUUUGCUGGGAAGAAAGGAAAACUCUCAGGGGAUGAAAUUCUCAACACGAAAUUCAAGACCAGCGAUGUUCUGGAGAACGACGAGGAGAUCAAGCAGCUCAACAAGGAGAUCAGCGAGCUGAACGAGUCCAACUCGGAGAUGGAAGCAGCCAUGGUGAAGCUGCAGUCGCAGAUAUCCACCAUGGAGAAGAACCUGAAGAACAUCGAGGAGGAAAACAAAAUCAUCGAGGAGCAAAAUGAAGCCCUGUUCUUGGAGCUCUCAGGGUUGAGCCAGGCUCUAAUCCAAAGUCUUGCCAAUAUCCGCCUUCCACACAUGGAGCCGAUUAGCGAGCAGAACUUCGAGGCGUACGUGAACACGCUGACGGACAUGUACACCAACCAGGAGUGCUACCAGAACCCCGAGAACAAGGACCUGCUGGAGAGCAUCAAGCAAGCCGUCAAGGGCAUCCAGGUUUAGUGCCGCGGGACAGAGCCGAGUGAGCGAACGAACUGUAAGAGGGAACUUUCACUCCAAGUAUUCAGGUUUACAAGUUAGAAAACUUGUUUAAUGAAUGAAAAAAAAAAGGACCAAAACGUAACCAAGAGGCCAUUUAUGAGACGUGGAGCUGACUGAACUCAAUGUUCUCGUUUACUUAACUUUGGACCUUCUUGAGAAAAAUGGGAUUUUUCUACCUGGACCAUGAGGUAGAUCAGGAUGGAAGGUUAAAUUCUCCAGUAGGCUGUGGGGCUUGGUAGCUGGUGGAGAGCGGGCGUCUUUCAUGGGUUGCCACGCUUUUGCAGAGCUGAUCCAAGGGUUAGAACGUUGCAAGAACAGGUUUUGUCUGAUCCGAGACUAGCGUGUGACUGGCUUAAACCCUCAUGUUGUCUAUGGUCGUACGUCCAGAUCACCUACUCACACAUGAAUUAUGUUAUAUGUUGCUAUAAGUGCUGGAGCUGCAAGCUACCUGUAAAUCUGAACCUGUGCUGGGCCGCCCAACCCCAAGGUGUUCAGAUAUCCACUGGGCAUGGGAACUCUUAAGUAUUAUAAAGUAGCUUAUUUUUAUUUUCUGAAAGAAAUCUGAAGAGCAGUUCUGGAUCUCCAGUGGAAAGCGCAAUGGAAAAAAGGUUCUCAGGGAAGCUUUUGGAGUUUGCAACUACAGUAUUCCUUUGUCUGUCUUAAAUAUGAGAAUAGCUAUUAUGAAUAGGCCAAUACCAGAUAUUUCAUACAGAAGAAUUCUAAAUGUGUCAUGGUCCAGUGUAUAUGAUUUUUUGGAAGUCUAUUUGAUGACAGUUCUGGUUCUUUUCAUUAUUGUGAUCAUCCUAACAGUGGCGCAGUACUGCCAGUCCAGAGGUCAUACAUCAAUGCCGGAGAACGUUUGAGAUUGCGAUGAACAAAAAAAAAAAAACCCAACAACAAAAAGAGAGAUGUUAAUUGAGGGCCAGCAAAGUGCUUACCCAACGUGAAUCAGUUGAUUUCCUAGAGAUAGCCACAUGGUAAUGGGUUUUCUUGGUUUGGUUUUCUAGAUUUUGUGCAAAAUUACAGAGCAGGCGCCAUUCUGAAAAAAAAAAAAAGAGUAUUCAGGUAUUGGGUAUUCUUCCAAAGAAGCAUUUUGCAGGCAGUUCGGUACACGCAGCCCACUGUGCACUCAAAGAGCAACCGCGUGAAUGUCUGUGCUGGGCUGAUCUGCAGCACCGUGAGGCCAGCGCGGCGGCGGGGGCUUUUCCGCGGCGCUCCGAGAAGCAGGGGAGCCGAGGUGGGACGGGGUGCCAGGAGGUCCGGCGCACGCUCCCCGCCGCCGCCGCGAGCCCUGCGGGUCUGCGCGCUCGGCUCGGCCCGUGGGUCCCGCGCGGCCGCUCUCGUCCCAGCUCGUCCCCGGGCUGGCGCCGGUGCCGGGAGGCAGAGCCCCGGGAGGAGUUUGGUGACCAAACUAAAGGCAAGACUGCUGGUGUCAUUUUGAGCCCAAUCCUGCAGAUAUUUAGGGCAUAAUCCCAAAUUCAAAGUCAGCGGAAAGAUUCCCGCUGCUCCCGGCGGACACUGGAUCCGGCCUUUAAGCUCAGGAGCAGCUGGACUCGCGCAGGUCCCCCGUUGCAGCCAACGGGGCAGCUCCCGUGAGCAAAGCACUCCCCUGCUUAAGCGUUUGCAGGAUCAGACUCCACGAGUUCACUUAUCUUAGAACCCAUUCCAAGUGCAAAACUACAAAAGAAAGGGAAAAAAAAAUCAUAAUUUGAGGUGUUAAAAACACAAUGUUCUUAACAUGUAAAUAGAGUCCAAAUUGAUUGUGACUGCAAUUCAGUUAGUAUUUAAAAGUAGAGAAAUUGCACUUCCUGGAAGAAAGAGAGGAGAGAAAAAAAAGUAGUUAGUUUAAUUAUCCUGUAAAUUAUUUAAUUUUGGCAAGAUAUAUGUAAUUUAUAUUUACAACACCUUAUGUUAACUUUUUGCUAUUUAUUUAACUUUUUUAUUUAUUAAUUUUAUACUUAUUUUAAACUGGACACCGCACCAUAGAAAAGAAGAUAAAAGAAGCAAAAAAAUUAAAAAUUAAAACUUUUGACCAUAAAAAACGAUAUUCCAAAAAAAAAAGAAAAAAAAAGAAAAACCCCUAUCUACAACUCCUACUUGUAAUUUUGAUGCAACCAAGUUAUUUUUUAUAUAUUUUGUUAUUUAUUCUUUUAACGAUGGGAAUUUUUUUAAAGAUAUUUUAUAACUGAGACAUUUUGAUAAUUUUUUGGUUUGUUUUUUUGAGGGGGGCAGGGGCACCGGGGGAAAGAGAGCCUUUUUCGGUUUUUCUUUUCUUUUUCAUUCGUAUGGUUUCAGGCACUGAUAACAGGAAAUGAAAAAUUCUGUAUUUAUUAUUUAUUUAAUAUUUAAGUCCGAAAUGAACUGUGCUCUUGUUGUAUAUUUAUUUUGUCGUUUGUGUGUCGGUUACGUGAUGACUGAGUACUCGUUUCUGUGCAGGAAUACUGUCCAUAUUUAAAUAAUAAAGAGGCGCAUUGAAAGUUA